UGUGGAUUUUUGUAAUGUCGCAUAAUAAUUUUAUUAUUGUGCAACGACACGACUUAAACACCGCGACGUCCACUUUUCAGACAAUGUGAACAAAAUUAUUUAAAAUCUGAGGUUUUAGUUUUCAUUGUGACCUACUUUUGUAUUGGACACAUGCUGGAUAAAUACGCUUAUUUUGCAUGAAGGCUGUGCUGGUGAAAGUGCGAUCAUGUUGUGGAAGAGAUUUGACACAGUGUACAAGUGUGUAGGUGUGCUUCUGUUGAGCUGGGCAUCUUAUGUGUUCUGUAAACCAGAAGAAGGUAAGCUUUAUAAAACAGGACCCUUUUGUUGUGGAUCUAGACCAUGAGUGUGGAACCUUUUUUCUGCCAAAGGCCCAUUGGAUAUUUAUAGCGGCAUUCGCGGGCCAUACAUAUUCAGGACCGGCGCCCCAGGCAUACACAUAUGUUUACGCCCCCCCCUUAUAUAUUAUCCACCCAUUACACAUAGAACAUGAACUGAAACAUAUAUGAUUGCAAAUUAAUGUAAGUAAAUAUUCUUCACCAUCAAUUUUUUUUAGAUUAGUUACUAUUUUAAGAUAAAAAUAAAGUAAUAUUUUUAAAAAGCAUAAAACAAUUGGUUCUUUAGUUGUAAAUUGCUAUUGGAUUCAUAUAAAUUAAAUUCCGUUGGUGGACCAGACGAAAUGAUCUUGCGGGCCGUAUGUGGCCCGCUGGCCGGAAGUUCCCUACCCUUGAUCUAGGCAGGGAUAUUAUGGCGCCACCCCGUUACUGCAAUGUGAUUAAUUUACACUUUUAAAGACAACCUGCAGUAAAGCAAUUCCGAUCCAGAUUUAAAUUCAUCACAAUUAAAGCUUACAACCAAUUUUUUUUUCCUCUAAUAAUUUUAGGGUUUAUUUUAGAAGACAGUUUAUGCUUUUCUUACUAUACUAAAGAAACAAGAGAAUCGAGAUAAGAAACAAACAUGAUUAAGGAACGACUCGGUAAUGAAAAAUUGGGGAUGUGCCCAGAGGGGAAAAAAAUAUGAAUAAUUAAAAGAAUAAUGGGAAAAUCUAUCCCCAUAUUUGUAUCAGUUUCGAAUAAUAAGAUUUUGUCUCAAUGGUAUGAGGAAUUGCUGAGGCAGGCCAAAGCUCUACAUGGGCUGUAGCGCCACAGGGAUGGAUGGAUGGUAUGUGGAAGUGGUGAGGCAGGCCAAAGCCCUACAUGGGCUGUAGCGCCACAGGGAUGGAUGGAUGGUAUGAGGGAACUAGGAUGGAGAAUGGAGCGAACAUUCGCGAAAUACAUGCUGGGUACAAGCAAGAGUUAUAGCGGAGAGCAUUAUUUGUUCAACGCAAAGUGCAUUAAUUGACUUGGGUUUUUGACGAUGCCGCAAACUGCUGAAAUUUGUUUGGAAUAUAAAGAGAGGUCACAGUUUCAACUGUUUAAUGUUUAUGGGCUACAUUGUGGAAAAGUAGGGUGAAAUUAUACGAUAUCAAACAUUUGAAAUUUACCCGGCACCCACCUCAAUUCCCGACGACGUUUCAAUAACUGGACCCCCACCCAGCCCCCACCCCCACCCACCCAAGGGAACUCAGUCACGUGCAGAAGCUAAACGAAUUCGCAAACAAAAAAUAUCCUCGAUCUCAAAUUCAUUAGAUCAUUUAUAGUGACGUUGUGAGAUAUUUUAUACGCGAUUGAUAUAUUAGCGAAACGUUUGUUUUUUGGGUUUUUUUUGGGGUUUUUGUUUUUUAAAAUUCAGUUGAACAAAAUGUAUGCUCCAUAAUUACAGAGCAGAUAAAGUAUUUAUUUGCUAAAUCAACUACAUUGGAUAAGUCAUUGAAAUAAGAACUUGGUGUUUAAUAGCCUACUAUUUCCCGCCAAGAACGACAUCUACGAUCUCGAUCACCAAAGAGGUAACUGCACGAUGAAGUUUCAGAUAAUCCAAAUUAAUGAUUUAACCAGAAACGAAUUUUUGAGUUUUGGGCACCGUUAAAAAAACGAUGUAGCCCAAAAGUUUGUUUUUUUACGGCCGGCACUGGCCUCGUUUCAGGAUUCUUUGCCUCGUAUUAAUUUUGUUCAUAUUAUUAUUAUACUGAACGAACAUAUCACUCAACAUAUAGCGAACAGGAAAUAUCGUUAUCCAUUCAAUAUAUAUAUAUAUUUAUAUAUAUAUUUGUGACAUAGUAUUGAGCCAUUCAACUAAUGCAUUCUUUAUGGUUGUUAUUGUAUACAUUUCAUUCAAUCUUUUUCGACGAGCAACCUUCUAUUUUUUUUAGAUAGAACUGAUCAAAACCAUGGAGCACUCCCUGGAACAAUAAUGUAUUUCUUUUUCAUUAUCCCCACGGUAACCAUCAGUUGUGCUUGACCGCGAAUGUAAUGCUGUCAGAUUCCUCUACAACUCGGACAUUGUAGUCGUCAAGAAUUGGUCACUCGUACCAACCGACGGGAGUAACUGUACACUCGGGUUCCUUGCCUUUUCAGCGUACCACAACAGAGAGAAUCCUUCAAGGGUAUGUAGAGCUGACUGUUUUGCCACCCAAAGGUAAGUUGUUUUUUUUCUGUUUGUUGUAUCUCCAAGGGUAGGCGUUUUCUGUUCAUAGCAGGCCUGCACAACAUAAGGCCCGCGGGCCGCAUAUGGCCCGCGAGCACCCUCUUGGUGGUCCGCGAAAUAACGAAAUAUUCUUUAUUAUUAUGCCUUUAUUAAUAUCUUUGCCCCCGUUCUUUUAUCUUUCGGCCCGCAAAAGUUUUUCAUUAUAAGGUGUUACGGUCGGCACAAGGUUUCCAUAAAGUAUUAGGGCCCGCCAUACAUUUUGAGUUGUGCAGGCCUGGUUCAUAGUAUCCACAAUCCAAGGUUAUGUGCUUUCUGGUUGUUUUAUCCCCAAGGGUAGGCGUUUUCUGUUUAUAGUGUCCACCAUCCAAGGUUAUGUGGUUUCUGGUUGUUGUAUCUCCAAAGGUAGGUGUUAGUUACCGUUAUAAGGUUCAACAAAUUCGAUCUGUAGCUUUAAAAUUUGGCUCGUUGGAUUUGCAAUACGUAACAAAGGACUGAAAAUCAGUAUACAAUGAAAAACUGUACCAUAGCUAGUGAUAUGUACAAUAAUCAAUUAUUUAUACUAUUAAAUUGAUAUAAAAAUAUGUAAUCAAAUAAACAGAAAUAAAAACUAUAAUAAUAAAUGGCUCGGCAAGUGAAAAAGUAUAAUACCGUAUUAGAAAGAUUAAAUAUUAAUCCACACACGCGCAGUGAAAAAUCUAUUAAAUCUUGUAGGGCUCCUGUACGGUCUGGUAAGUCUCGUAAAUGCCUGCGGUCACAGUCGACCGUCCUAUUUAUAGUAAGGGAGUCGGAACCCUCCAGAACAUAAAGUCUAGAAAUUAAAUAAAAAGAGAGUUUGUCUCCCUCAAUUUGGUAUAAGGGUGAACCUUUCUUGAAAUAUAAAUAAACUUUCCAAAUCUAUGGCUAGGGGUGGAUAGGAUUGGCAGCACCUGUCCCCAAGUAAACUGGUGACGUCCGAAAAAAAAGAGAGAGAGAAAGAGUUGGGGUGGGGUUGCAUGCCUUGGCUUGAACUAGGUCAACACAUAGGCUGUCACAGUAGGUGUCCACAGAUUGUUGUAUCUUCAAAGGGUAUAGGUGUUUUCUGUUUGUUAUAUUUUCGAGAGAAGGUGUCUUAUGUAAGUUGUGUCCCCAUAGGGUAGGUGUUUUCUGUUUGUUGUAUGUUCGAGAGAAGGUGUCUUACGUAAGUUGUGUCCCCAAAGGGUAGGUGUUUUCUGUUUUUUGAAUGUUCUAGAGAAGGUGUCUUAUGUAAGUUGUGUCCCCAAAGGGUAGGUGUUUUCUGUUUUUUGUACGUUCGAGAGAAGGUGUCUUAUGUAAGUUGUGUCCCCAAAGGGUAUGUGUUUUCUGUAUCUGACCAGUAGAACGUCUAGGAAGAUCAUCUCGUGUAAUGCCUGGGGGUAACCGCAUAGAGUGUUCCUACUGUGCAUGCCGCUGUACUUUAUGUAUAUUUUAGUUAGCUAGUCUGAGCCAUAAUAUAUUUUUUUUAAAUCCAACCCUUGUUCAUCCUCAGAUCCAUGUAUCAGUACUGCAUGUGUCGUUACCCGGAACUAAACCACCAUGUGAUCGCAACCGUCUUGACGUCAUAGACAGUGACAAAAUAACACUUCUCAGUGGUGCGAUUGAAAAAAAGAUGUUUUAUUUUAAUAAUUGUGUUGUUUUUUUUUUGUUCUCGGUGCUGAAAUAUUAUUACAUUUUUUUUUUUUUAAAUUAACACACCAAUUCAAAGAAAUGUUUAGAUUUUCUGUACACCAAUAUAUUUUUCAAACUAAAACCGCAAGACUACUGAAAACGGCUCAUCCGACGCCGGCUUGCGCCCAUCUGCUACAGUCCAGUGCUACGAAUGAUUUAUUAGUCCCAAGUCACCGACCCGCAAACAAGUCAUCGGAACAAUUUAAUUUUAUGAUUAUAAAAAAAAAGAACAUAAAUGCACCCUUGCCACUGCUACAAUGGGGAUUCAUUUCUGCGGGCCCUUCAUGACAAAGUUUGAAGAUCACUGUUUCCAUAAUUGUUGAUUUUGAUUAUUUCUGUUUAAUUAAUUAAAAUCUUUUCUAAUUCUUACAUUUAAAAAAAUAAUUAUUUUAAUGUUUAAUUCUCUCGACAAUUUUUUUAAUUUAAAAAAUCAAACUAUAAUAGUAUAGGAAAUUAACUGCGCAGAUUAUCUUUGGUGUGACCUAUAUUUUUUGUUUGGUUUUAAUCUUCUUGUUACCUAAGAAAAUGAAUUUUUUAGGAAUAUUUUUAUGACGAAAAUCUAAACUUUAAAAACUUGAAUUGCUAACAUGGUCAUCUCAUAUUGAAAGGGGUAUGCGCGAGAGUGGUAGAUGGUGACUCCACGCUUUAGGUAAUGAACAGGUGCAUUAAUUCAGGUGCAAUAGUUCACUAGUUAUGUUUAUUUGGCUUCCAUACAUUUAUCUUGAUCAUCACCUUUCUACUGGAUUCCACGGACUUGUGACAUUACUUUACCAUUGAAAACUUAAUUUGCAAUGACGCAUAGCAUCACAUUGAUUUUCAGGUCCAGGUGGUAUCUGCGGUGAGUACAGCCAUUCUUUUGACUCCACCAAAGACGCGGUUUACUUGAGACUGACGUCAUCCAACGCCACCAUAAACGGGAAAAUUCGUGUGUUGGUCAGCGCCUUCAGUACGGGUUAGUAUAGUGAAUGGGGGGGGGGUGUGGGGGUGGUCAGUCAUAGAACCCGAAGCAGAGAGAAACAAAGCUCACAAACUCAUGGUGUAACCUCUAGAUGGACCUGUCUCAUUACCAGCCUCAUGCGCACGCCAAUCUCAGAGAAAUGUUCAAGUAAAACACGUAGCUUUAGGAUUUGUCGCGGGUGGGAUGGGGGCUCAACAUAAAGUGGGAUUUUUUGCCAUUUAUAAUUAUCCUUAGUCCACUAUUCUUAAAAAAGAAAAAAAAAUGAUGUCCGUUUUCAUAAAGUAAAUUCAAUAUUUCAGAUUUCAGCUACGGUGAUCAACACGCACCAUUCCUUACGAACACCAAUAUUUCAGAUUUCAGCUACGGUGAUCAACACGCACCAUUCCUUACGAACACCAAUAUUUCAGAUUUCAGCUACGGUGAUCAACACGCACCAUUCCUUACGAACACCAAUAUUUCAGAUUUCAGCUACGGUGAUCAACACGCACCAUUCCUUACGAACACCAAUAUUUCAGAUUUCAGCUACGGUGAUCAACACGCACCAUUCCUUACGAACACCAAUAUUUCAGAUUUCAGCUACGGUGAUCAACACGCACCAUUCCUUACGAACACCAAUAUUUCAGAUUUCAGCUACGGUGAUCAACACGCACCAUUCCUUACGAACACCAAUAUUUCAGAUUUCAGCUACGGUGAUCAACACGCACCAUUCCUUACGAACACCAAUAUUUCAGAUUUCAGCUACGGUGAUCAACACGCACCAUUCCUUACGAACACCAAUAUUUCAGAUUUCAGCUACGGUGAUCAACACGCACCAUUCCUUACGAACACCAAUAUUUCAGAUUUCAGCUACGGUGAUCAACACGCACCAUUCCUUACGAACACCAAUAUUUCAGAUUUCAGCUACGGUGAUCAACACGCACCAUUCCUUACGAACACCAAUAUUUCAGAUUUCAGCUACGGUGAUCAACACGCACCAUUCCUUACGAACACCAAUAUUUCAGAUUUCAGCUACGGUGAUCAACACGCACCAUUCCUUACGAACACCAAUAUUUCAGAUUUCAGCUACGGUGAUCAACACGCACCAUUCCUUACGAACACCAAUAUUUCAGAUUUCAGCUACGGUGAUCAACACGCACCAUUCCUUACGAACACCAAUAUUUCAGAUUUCAGCUACGGUGAUCAACACGCACCAUUCCUUACGAACACCAAUAUUUCAGAUUUCAGCUACGGUGAUCAACACGCACCAUUCCUUACGAACACCAAUAUUUCAGAUUUCAGCUACGGUGAUCAACACGCACCAUUCCUUACGAACACCAAUAUUUCAGAUUUCAGCUACGGUGAUCAACACGCACCAUUCCUUACGAACACCAAUAUUUCAGAUUUCAGCUACGGUGAUCAACACGCACCAUUCCUUACGAACACCAAUAUUUCAGAUUUCAGCUACGGUGAUCAACACUCACCAUUCCUUACGAACACCAAUAUUUCAGAUUUCAGCUACGGUGAUCAACACUCACCAUUCCUUAUGAACUAAUAACACCAAACUCUGUCAUUAAUGUUUUGAGGUUUUGAAAGGGGACACAGUUGCAUAGUCUGAACACGCAACGCUGAUACAAAUGUUGUCUCUCUUAUCGUUAGUUCCAGACAGACACGAGACGGGACUUAUGUUACAUGAAUAGCCUUCCAUAAGCUAAAGCACGGUUGCUUAGCCUUUUUAGUCCAUGGGCCAUGGGCAACAUAGCCAGUCCGGUGACGGCCACUUACACUUUAGCCAGUCAGAUGAAUGCCACCGACUCUUUAACAUUUACACGAAAUGCCCCGGGUUCCUUUUUAGAAUAAACUAUUUAUCCGUAUAUAAUCAUAUAACAUUAUAAAGGGAAUACAGCUCAGAGAUCCCCUGACACCAUUUCACGAAUCUCAAGGGGUCACUGGCAAUGUUCCCUCUAAGGUUUGCUGGUUCGUGUACAAAAUCAUACAGUUGUAUGCAAAGUUUUACAGCAUCAAUUUCUUUUGUGUGCAAAAUUUAACAGCCCACAAACACACACUUAUAUGGAAAUUUGCUGCGCGGAUACUUAAAACAGCUGCGCGGCGUCUGUGAGAUAGCUGCGCGGCCGCGCAGCCACGCAGCUUAAAGGGAACAUUAGUCCGUGGACUUCAGGUUAACUCUUUAAAACCCCCAGAGCUAGAGGUAGUAUAGUAUUUGUAAAUGAACAUUUCACUAUAUCGUUGACCCCCCCCCCCCCAGAUGUUUGUGACACUGACAAGGAGUUCAGCUGUGACAACGGCCGUUGUGUGGACGACACCAUGGCCUGCGAUGGUUAUGACGACUGCGGUGACAACAGCGACGAGGAGGAAGGCUGCCUGAUGUCCACAGGCACGAUCGUGGCCAUUGUUGUGGGGUCGUGUGUGGUCGUUGCCUUGACGGCGGCUGCCGUUGUCAUGAUGCUGAAACGGAGGACAAGGACCGGAUGGGUAAGCCAAAUGUUUUGGGUUUUUUGCGUUUGAUUUGUGUGUGAGUGUUCGGUUCUCCUUUACAUUGGUGCACAGUGCAUGUUUUGUCUUUGUUCAAAGACAUGGUUGUCCGUCCACUAAAUUAUGUCUUUUACCCCUUCUGGGACGGGACAUAGACCGUCUACAAGAAUUGUCCUUUUCAUCUCGGCCCUGUGCUUUCCUUUCCAGUUGCUUCCAGGUGUAUCCCAUAUUUUGUGUGGUUGCCUCUAGCUUGUGACUCCAUGUAUUCUUAGGUCUUCCUCUCUUUCUUUUUCCCCGUGGAUUCCAUGCUAGGGAUUGUCUGUUGAUGUUAUCUGGGGGUUUAAGAAGAGCGCACCCUACACACCCCCCCUCUUUUCCUUAUACCGUCCGCCCAGACGGCUAGUAAUACAGUAACUGUCUGUCAAUGUUUAUGCAACACUGUCCCUGCUUAUAAAAAAAUGGAAUCUGGUAAAUUGGUUCCCCCCCCCCCCUUUUUCCGAUUUCAAACGUACUUUGCCAGCACGAGUCGUGUAUCAAAACUUUUACUGAAUAUAUAGCUCAACAAUGUCAAGUAGGCCUAUUUAUAGCUGUUCAUUUGACCACCCUCUCUCGUACAUUCGCCCCACAGGGUGCAGGUCCCAGCAUGCUCUCCUACUCUGUCAACGAGGAGAAGAGGCCACUGACGUCGGUUAUAGUGUACUGAGAUUCAUUUAUCUGUCGGAGGGCAAGAUGUACCUUGAUUGAUUCUUAUUCAGGAUUUAUGAUUUAUAGGAUUUAUGACUUAUAAGGAUCCAUUUGGCUUUUUGUACAAGAAAAUAAUCAAAUUUAUACAGCAUUUUUAAAAUAAAAUAUUGCCGUGUUUUGUUUUGUUUUUUUUUAAAUUAUUAUUUUUAUGAUUAAAUUAUUAUGAAUCGAAGUCAGUCUGAACAGCAGAAAUGUAUUAAUACUAAUGAAAGAUUGGGCUAUUAUACACAUGUGAGAGAAAAGUUCUCUGGAAAACUUUAGAACCAACAAAGGAUGAGUAUGGAUGG